UCCUGUCGACAAAUAUAUAAUUUUCCAGAUUUUCUAAUGAGCAUAAAUGGCCGAGUUUCUACCGCAAGUUGAAAGUGGACCACGUGAUGUUGUUAUUGAAAAAGGAGACGCAGGGUUCGGAUUCAAUGUUCGAGGUCAAGUGAGCGCCGGAGGUCAACUGAAGUCAAUCAAUGGAGUCCUCUAUCCCCCUUUGCAACAUGUCAGUAUGGUCAUGCAAAAUGGUGCCGCAGACUUAGCCGGAGUGAAGAAGGGUGAUCGGAUAAUCGCUGUAAACGGGGUUGAUGUCCAGGGCGCAGAGCAUCGUCAUGUUGUAGAAUUGAUCAAGGGAGGGGGACCUAAACUCGAACUGACUCUAAUCAGCGUAAGUCGCCAAACCCAUGAGCGACUUGAACCGACUGAUGAAGCCCUGACAACAGAUGGUUUCCACGACUACGGAGACACGAGCUUCAGGCCAAUAUCGGUUCCUUCUUUCGAACUAGUGGUAACUCCGGGAGAGAAAUAUUACGUGUUCAAAAUCCACUACGACGACCAGUUUAUAUGCUCGCGUCGUUAUAGUGAGUUUGUCGAUCUACACAAUGCGUUGAAAGUGGAAUUUGUCGACUUCAAAUUCCCGAAGCUGCCUGGCAAGUGGCCAUUCCAAAUGAACGAACAGCAAAUUGAGCAGCGGAGAAGAGGUUUAGAGAGUUACCUUCAGAAGGUCAUCAGUGUCAAGGUCAUUGCUGCAUUUGAAGCCAUGCAGGAGUUCGUGGCUCUCGAAUCGAAUUCCUCAGUUGAUGAUGUUCCCAUGAAGAGUCACGUCAGCCCUAAUUCUUUGGAACCACAUAACGACUAUAUUAAACCCCAGAAUGGAGUAACAGAACGGAACGAAAGCUCGACGUUGUCAGUUCCUGUUUCAGAAAGCAAACCCAAACAGCCAAGUGAUCGACCUGUAACUGUCUACACAAAUCUGCCCGGAGACCUGAGCAAAGUGGAAAUAUUAUCAGAGUCCUGUUCUGAUAUUGGCCAGCUUGUGGAAAAAUGUCUGAACUCUCUUAAAAUUCCUUCUCAAAAGUUAGCCCCCUAUUUCGGAAUUUUCUUUCUCCAAGACUCCGAUUCAAGUACGAAGUUUUAUCUUCGUCUACCGAAUGAAACAGAAAUGGGAGCUGUGAAGCGUAAAGCUGCUUCGCAACUGUAUCUGCGUAAAUGUGUUUUCUCUCGGAAGCUGGAGAAAGAGCUGAGCGAUCAGCAUCCGACCUUUUCCAACUUCCUUUUUCACCAGGCAAAGGCAGAUUUGAAGGCUGGCAUCAUACCGGUGGAGUCCGAGGAUUUGAGGCAGAAACUAACAGAGUCGUUUAAAUUGAAGAAUGUCUCGGAUACUAUUGAUAUUUUGCACUCUGUUCCUACGUAUAACGUGGUUACGUUUCCUCACUGUGCGAGUAGUGUUCAAAAGGAGAACCCGCUGAAACUGAGCGUGGAUGAAAAUGCAGUUUACCUGAAGAUAUGCGACCAGAGCGGAACAGAACUGGACUAUGAAUGUGUAACAUGUACUUGGAGUACGGUUGAUGACUGGUCGGUCGAAAGCGAAGGAAGCUUCAGCUUCAACUUCAAAAGAUCCAAUGGAAAGAUUAAAAAUGUGAAAAUGCAGUCGGAUCUAGCACAACAAAUGCGAGAAUGCUUCGAUCAAGUUCACGCUGAGCGGCAAAAGUUGUCCAUUUCAUAGUGUUUUGAUCCGUUCCUAGAGUUAAAUAUAUUAUAUUCCAAAUUGUAGCGUUACUCUUUAAGUAUGUUGACACUUGAAUUUAAUAAAAUCAUGUCACUAAUAUUCAUCAUUUGGAAAUUUGAAAAU